GUUUGUGUAAGAGAAAGACAAACAGAUCAGAAUGGACAACUCCCAAAAUGCAAGCUACCAAGCUGGCCAGACCAAGGGCCAGGCUCAGGAGAAGGCCAGCAACUUGAUGGACUCUGCAAGCAAUGCUGCCCAAUCUGCCAAGGAAUCAGUUCAAAAUGCUGGUCAGCAAAUGCAGCAAAAGGCACAAGGAGCUGCUGAUUCAGUCAGGAAUGCAAUGGGAGGCAACAAAUGAAGCUGAUCGAUGAAGAAUCUCGAUCAUCAUGCCUUUUUGUUUUGUUUCUUACAUUUCUAAUU